GUUCUUAUAGCAGCAGGAUACAACAAGACGAAGCUGACGAGGAAGCCUGGGUUGACGAAGAAGAUGAGACAAGAGAGACUUAACUGGUGUCUUGCUCACAAGGACUGGACGCUCGAGGAUUGGAAGAAUGUUAUCUGGUUAGACGAGACCUCCGUUGUCCUUAAUCACCGCCGUGGUAGCUAUCGAGUGUGGAGAAAGUCAGAUGAAGCAUUUACAAGAUCAGUUAUUCGGGAGAGG